AUCGCAGCAUUGUCCCGAAAACAAAAAAUAUUGAUACCUUUUAUAGCUAACCUGUGAUUUGUUCGGGAAAGACAUGUGACGGACCUGGGAUGUCUACAGGCCAGCGCAAAAAUAGUUCCGUUACGAAAAUGUUCUACAUAUAGCUGUACGAGGAUCCGAGCAAUAACACUAUAACACAGAUAGCUUAGCUAUAUAUUCUAGGUAGGUAGUUAGCUAACUUAGCGGGUCUUGUUUUGAUCCAGCUGCUUGGCUACGGUAUGUUACUUUGGCAUAACGGAACGUCAGCAUAUUUCAAGGAAAAUAUUUAAACGGCUUGCUUUGUCAAACUCAUAUAUUUAACUAGACAGCUAAGCAAUGUAGAUUGUUUGCAUCUUGUAGGAGUAAUGUUCACUGCAAACUGAAAUUGCAAAUGGGGAUAUGAAGCAAAUCACCUUUUUGCUAUGCUAGCUACACAACUAUAUAAAAUAUGCCAUUGAAGUUUUACAUGUGCAGCAUCUGGCAAACGCCCUUGUCCAGAGAGGCAUACAGAAGUCCUUAAUCAAAUACAUAUCCUCAUGUGACAAUAGGUCAGUGGUUUUCCCCUUGGUGUUAAAAUGCUGUGAAGAUGAAAAGGUACAGAUCGCCUCUUAAAAGUCAUGAAAAGGCAUCAUAAUAUCAUGGGAGCCAAUGCCUUGAAGCAGUUUUUAAAGCUUUUAAAAGACCAAUAUGCGCUGCCAUUUUUCAGCAUUCACGAUAAAAUCGGUCGCCAGUUAUAAAAGAGCCAAUAAGCUCAACUCCAAACCUUUGUAACCCAUGUCACUGAGUAGGACAGCUACUAGCCUACCACCACUAGAGGAGCUUCUUCAUUUCUCCACAUGCCAGCCAGCUAGUUCGUCUAUUCGUUGCAGUGAGAAACAUGGCGGUCGUCAGUAAAUACUUGACAGCAAAGAAUUCUUCAAUAGCUGGUGCUAUCUUGAUCUUUUUGUAUUUACUUAAGCAAAGACAAAGAUCUGCCAAAUUGAAUAGCAAGAAGAGUUCAUCAGAACUGCUCUUAAACAAUGAUCAGAAAGAUGUGAAAAAGGAAAGGGCUGCUGUGGACAAAAUCUUUUUUGUCCGAAUCACUCGAAUUCUCAGGAUCAUGGUGCCAAGACUCUUCUGUAAAGAGACUUGGUACUUGAGCAUGAUUGCAGUUAUGCUUGUGGCUCGGACAUACUGUGAUGUUUGGAUGAUCCAGAAUGGCACAAUGAUUGAAAGUGCAAUUAUUGGUCGCUCCAAAAAAGAUUUCAAGAAGUAUUUGUUCAACUUUAUGAGGGUCAUGCCAGUUAUUGCCCUGGUGAACAAUCUUUUGAAACUUGGUCUGAAUGAGCUGAAGCUCUGCUUCCGUGAAAGACUCACCAAACAUCUCUAUGAAGAGUACCUAAAGGGAUACACCUACUACAAAAUGGGCAACCUGGAUAACCGAAUUGCAAAUGCUGAUCAGCUCCUGACCCAGGAUGUGGAAAAGUUCUGCAACAGUGUGGUAGACCUCUACUCUAACCUUAGCAAGCCUCUUCUUGACAUUGGCCUGUACAUCUUCAAGUUGACAACUGCAAUUGGAGCACAGGGCCCUGCUACUAUGAUGGCAUACCUGCUGAUCUCGGGCCUCUUCUUGACGAGGUUGAGGAGACCCAUUGGAAAGAUGACUGUGACCGAACAGAAAUAUGAGGGGGAGUACCGAUACGUUAACUCCCGCCUCAUCACCAACAGUGAGGAGAUUGCAUUCUACAAUGGAAAUGUGAGGGAGAAACAGACCAUCCAUGCCACCUUUAAGAAGCUGGUUGACCACUUACAUAAUUUCAUCUUUUUCCGCUUCUCCAUGGGCAUGGUAGAUAGCAUCAUUGCUAAGUACUUGGCUACUGUUGUUGGCUAUCUGGUCGUGAGUCGGCCCUUUCUGAACCUGACCCACCCGCGCCACAUCCACAGCACGCAUGCUGAACUGCUGGAGGAUUACUACCAGAGUGGCCGCAUGCUGCUUCGCAUGUCCCAGGCCCUUGGCAGGAUCGUACUCGCCGGACGAGAAAUGACAAGGCUCUCAGGGUUUACCACCCGAAUCACUGAGCUUAUGAAGGUCUUAAAAGAGCUGAAUUCUGGGAAAUAUGAGCGUACCAUGGUCUCUCAGUCAGAGAAAGAAACAGAUGGCUUAGAAAAACUAAUCUUGCAGCCUGGAAGUGGGCAAAUCAUCCACAUAGACAACAUCAUCAAGUUUGAACACACACCCUUGGUAACACCCAAUGGAGAUAUUUUGAUUAAAGACCUUACCUUUGAGGUGAAAUCUGGCACCAAUGUUUUGGUCUGUGGGCCCAAUGGCUGUGGAAAGAGCUCACUUUUUAGAGUUCUUGGAGAGCUGUGGCCCCUAUUUGGUGGAAAUUUGACUAAACCAGAAAGAGGCAAACUCUUCUAUGUCCCUCAGAGGCCGUACAUGACGCUCGGCACACUGAGGGAUCAAGUCAUCUACCCUGACACCUAUGAGGACCAGAAGAAGAAAGGCAUUUCUGAUCAUGUGCUGAAGGAAUACCUGGACAAUGUGCAGUUGGGGCAUAUCUUGGAUCGGGAGGGUUCUUGGAACACUGUUCAGGACUGGAUGGAUGUUCUCAGUGGUGGAGAGAAGCAGAGGAUGGCUAUGGCUCGGUUGUUCUACCACAAGCCUCAGUUUGCCAUCCUAGACGAGUGCACUAGUGCUGUGAGUGUGGAUGUGGAGGACUACAUUUACAGCCACUGCAGGAAGGUGGGCAUUACUCUGUUCACAGUUUCCCACAGAAAGUCCCUUUGGAAGCACCAUGAGAUCUACCUGCACAUGGAUGGAAGAGGGAAUUAUGAGUUCAAGCCCAUCACUGAUGAAACAGUGGAGUUUGGCUCCUAGAAGUGCAGAGAGCCACCAAUUGCGUGCACACAGCUCUGGCUGGGAGGCAUAUCAUAACACUGCACUUAAAGAAUCGUGCCAGCCAACAAAAUCUAGGAUUUUGUUUUUAAUCACUUGUAACAUUUUUGCUUUUGAUGAAGCUCUGUUAAAAUCCAUUAACACUACAUUUCUGUCUUCCAUGAUUGUAUAAUUGUCUACUUUGUCAUUUAAGGUGCAGUCCGAUUUAACAGACUGCCACUAAAAAGAAUAGUGAAUGGGCUAAUCCCAGUGAAAUGUGUUCACAUCCUGCAUGUGAAUGAAUCAUGUUUUAGAUUAAGUCAUGUGCGAGGAAAUAGUCCAUAAGGUGUCCAAUGCCAGGCAUCUGGACUCUGAUAUUUGUUCUUGAACCAUGGGGAUAUGUAGUCCUAGAGUACUAACAAUGCCUUUUUAGACUCCAUGUACACUAUUCGUUAUAAUGUCAAGCUACUAAGUGGCCUUAGUACUUAAUGUAUUGAUUUGUGGUGGGUCGAUUGUAUGGCCCUGUGAGCUGGUUUGAUGGAGCUAUUCUAGCAGGAUGUUUCCUUUCACAGUGAAAUGAUGUACAGGGUGCAUUGCUCUCAGAUUUGCAAACUGGAAAGCCUUGUAAAACAUUGUCUGAUUAUCUAAUAAUUGCCUAUAUGGACAUUUAUGUUUUGUUUCAAACAAGUUUCUCUGUGCUCUUGUUUAAUGGGUAAACACCUCUGGGUUUUGUACACACCUACUCAUAGCACCAAAAGAGUAAGAGUCCAUAGAGCUGCAUUGAACUCACUCAUGCCUUUUCAAUAAUAAUAAAAAUAUGAAUCAGUUGAAGUUAA